AUGAAACCGCUCAGAAACAAAAAAUAUAAAUCUGCAGUGAUGAGCCAAUCUUUUGCCUUUCGUGGCCUAUUUAUUUUUGAUUCAAGUGGGAAAAUAGCUAUUGCUCAGAGAUUUAAAACAGUAGAGAUGCGUGUUCCGACUUCUUCUGCGGCAUUGCCAUCAAAUGAUCAACUCUCAAAAAUUUUUCAAGAAAAAGUGCUUUCAACAAUAAACAGUGAAUCAAAUUACGAAUUUAUUAUCGACAAUUUAAUAUCUCUCGUUGUUUUACCAACGAAAAACUUUUUCAUUACUUUAAUUCCUCUUAUUUUAAGCAAGGAAGAUAGUAAUAUGCCGCACGUUGAAAUUGCAGCAUCAUUCCAUUUUCUUUCAUUCCUAGAACCUGUUUUAAGAACAUCUCUUAAAACAUUAGCAACAAAUCCAAAUCCUGCAGCAGUUUUUCAAUUAAUUAAUCUCAUAAUGCCAUUUGGAUCUCCUAUAAUUCAUGAUCCAUAUUUCGUUUCUCAGUUGCCAAUUACCGCAGAUAGCCAUCUUUUCAAUGCUGGCUAUGCAACAGUUUCACCGGCUCCUGUACCAUCCUGGAAGACUUAUCUUGUAUUUCCAAGACAGCAUCUUGAAAUCAAGAUGAGAGAAACGAUUGUUGGUUCAAUUGAUGGCGAUAAACAAUAUUAUGGUGUUUUUGGUGAGCUCAGAUGCAUUGCAUCCAUUAACUAUCUUCCAGAAAUUUCAAUUGCAAUUAAAAAUUUCGAGAAAUUACAAGAAAUUGCCUGUCAUUAUUCAGUCAAAUCGAUAGAAUCCGGAAAAUUACUCUUAUCUCCACCGACCGGUAUUACACAGCUUUUACUUUGGCAGUUCAAAUCUCAAGAUCCUCCUCCAAUCACUGGAUCUUAUACUGCAAGCGCUGCCCCUGAUAAUGGCGUCAGUUUUUCAAUUACAGUUACAGCUAUACCAUCUGUUAAGAGUGUUUCCGUUCAGAUUCCUUUCCCAGAUCGUGGUGCUUUGACAAAACACCAAUUCCAGACUCCUCCUAAUAGCCAGAUUAAGAUGUCCAAGCGCGAAGCUACUAUUGCAUGGACUGUUGAAGUCGAUGGCUCGUCGACGCUUUCUGGCGUUCUUAAUUUCGAGAGAGAAUCUAAAUCUCAAGAAAGACUGAAGGCAUUCAUAGAGUUCAAGAGCAAGAACUCAACUUAUAGCGGUGCAAGUAUCGACGAUUCAUCUGUCGUUAUCCCGACUGCUGGAACAACUGUUGUCAUCGAAAACAGCUAUUCUACAGAGUCUAAGAAAUAUAUUAUUUGGGGUCCUGCUGUUACUUCAAAUUAA